AUGCAAGGUUAUUCAUUUGCGCCCCCAUCGGGCCCCCCGAGAGAGGGCCAGAAAAACUAUGUAUUUGUUGAUGAACAUAACCGCCACAAGAGGCUGAAGGGUAUGAGAAGCGUCCAUCACAAGCCAGCAAACACUGACAGGCCCGACGUUUAG